AUGGGUGAAAAGAUGUCAUUCCCAGAUAGUUGUGCUUAUGUCAGAGCGCAUAUAGUAAAGCGAGGCGAAACAAAGGUUAGAGCAGUAUGGGAAUAUCCAGCCACUGUCACCCUAGGGGAAGCAGUAUUUGCACUCCCGCUUAUUGAUGCCUACAAAAGAGGCGGAUAUCCAAUAGCCUAUGGAUAUGAAACUGGAAUGGCCGGCUGUAAAAAGAUCUAUCAAAAUUUUAAAGGGAAUUAUUUCCUUGGCAUCGAUUUUAAAAGUUUUUAUAAGACGCUUCCACCGUGGUUGAUUGAAAUUGCUUUUGACGUUUUAUCAUAUAAUAUCGACUUUGUAAGGUACAAAGAUUACGGUGUUGCAAGAUGCAACGCUAUGGUGGACAUGUUUGAACAGCUGCGCGACUACUGCAUACAUACUACGAUUAGGAUGUGCAACGGCGAAAGAUAUAUUAAGCAUUCAGGUCUUGCUAGCGGUAGUUAUUUUACCCAGUUGAUUGGAAGUAUCGCUAAUUACUUGCUACUAACCUAUGCCUGCAUGAUGAACGAAGUGGACGUACGUAGCAUAUUAGUAUUUGGAGAUGAUUCGUUGCUUGGACUGGAGAAAGCAUUGACUCCCGAUGACAUUGCAAACGUUCUUGAGGAAUUAGGAAUGAUUGUAAAUGUAAAUAAAUCCGGUUCGAGUCGAUAUAUUAGCCGUUUAUUCUUCCUUGGCUAUCAGAUCAAUUAUGGAGUAGCACAUGUAAUAUAA